UUCCCCGGUCCCCGGGUCCUGGGAGUCGCGGCGAGACCCCGCACUUCCGCGUACCGCUUGCCCCGCCCGCGCGGCGUCCUAGGCCGGGAAGGAGCUGCUGUCGGAGUGAGACGCCGGGCCUGGGCGGGUUCCCUGCUUACGCGCCUCACCCCUUCUGUCAACAGAAGUGAUGCCACCAAGAAGAAAAGAGAAAUACAAGCUUCCUGUUCCACUUCCGGAAGGCACAGUCCUGGAUGACAUGGAAGGAAAACAAUGGGUGCUGGGCAAGCUGAUUGGCUCUGGAGGAUUUGGUUUGAUAUAUUUAGCUUUCCCCACAAAUAAACCAGAUAAAGAUGCAAGGCAUGUAAUAAAAGUGGAAUAUCAAGAGAAUGGCCCAUUGUUUUCAGAACUUAAAUUUUAUCAAAGAGCAGCAAAAAAAGACUGUAUCAAAAAAUGGAUAGAACUCAAAAAGCUUGAUUAUUUGGGAAUUCCUCUGUUUUAUGGAUCUGGCAUAACUGAAUUCAAGGGAAAAAGUUACAGAUUUAUGGUAAUGGAAAGACUGGGAAUAGAUUUGCAGAAGAUCUCAGACCAGAAUGGUACUUUUAAAAAGUCAACUGUCUUGCAGCUAGGUAUCCGAAUGUUGGAUGUUCUGGAAUAUAUACAUGAAAAUGAAUAUGUUCACGGUGAUAUAAAAGCAGCAAAUCUACUCUUGGGUUACAGAAAUCCAGAUCGGGUUUAUCUUGCAGAUUAUGGACUUUCCUACAGAUAUUGUCCCAAUGGGAACCACAAACAGUAUCAGGAAAAUCCUAAAAAAGGCCAUAAUGGGACAAUAGAGUUUACCAGCUUGGAUGCCCACAAGGGAGUAGCCCUGUCCAGACGAAGUGACCUUGAGAUCCUCGGCUACUGCCUGCUGCGGUGGUUAUGUGGGAGACUGCCCUGGGAAAGGAGCCUGCAGGACCCUGUAGCUGUCCAGGCUGCGAAAACAAAUCUGUUGGAUGAGCUCCCUGAGUCGGUACUUCAAUGGGCUCCUUCCGGAAGCAGCUGCCGUGAAAUAGCCCAGUAUUUGGUAUGUGCUCAUAAUUUAGCAUAUGAUGAAAAGCCAGACUAUCAAACGCUCAAGAAAAUUCUGAACCCAAGUGGAAUACCUUUAGGACCACUGGAGUUUUGCACUAAAGGAGAGAGCUUAAAUAUGCAUGCUCCAAACAAUCAAAAGGUCAGGAGGGGCGACCCUGAAGAGAUACCCCUCAUCCAAGGUAAGGAGCAGCAGCUGCGCUUUGCUGGAGCAGCCGUGAAGAGAUACCCCACGUCCAAGGUUGAUUCACGAAAGGCUGCGGCAAAACAAGUCUAUCAGGUGCAGAAUACCUUAAUAGAAAAAAAAGGCCACAGUGAUAGAAGUGCUGAGUCCCGUACACCAAGGAGAAAAGUGCAAGAGGAGGAGAAGCUGAUGGGAUUGCUUAACAGUGAAACAGUGCAGGAAAGCACAAGAAGAAGACAAAAAUAUUGUGAGUCUCAAGAAUUUCAAAAUGAUGUAAAAAGUUCUCCACAUGAAUCCAGCUGUAUACAAUUCCCAAAUUCAUUUUAUGAAACCCAUCAAGAUUUUACCAAUCCAGAUAUGUUCAACAAGUCAAGCUCUCCAUCUUGGUACACAAACCCUUCUACAACUGGUAUGGAGGUCACAGAAUUAGACAGUUCUACAGGAUUUUGGUUUACAGUGUCCCAGUUUACAUUUAGCGAAGAGAUAAAAUUAGAUAUAUAUUAUUAUAGCUUCACCAUUAUUGUUCUUUUGAUAUUAGUAUGUCUUGCUUUAUAUUUUCUCUGAAGUUAUCAAAUAAAAUCCUUUUGAUAAUUUAA